UUAUACUAUUAUCGUAGUUUGUGCUCGUUGAAUUUGCAACGUUUUUUUUGUCAUUUUUUUCUUUAUAAUAUCUAAAAAUGAGGAAUAAAAUAAUAAUUAAUAAUGUGUUAGUACAAAUCUUUCAUUAUACAAGUAUUAUGUUCCACGAUAAUGAUUAAAAUGUUGACAUUAAUAUAAAAUUGUCAAUUAAUCAAUCAUCACAUAGAAAAACUUGACGUUGACCUUGCAUAGUAAUUAUAAAAAAUCUUGUUGUUAAAAUGUUUCGUGAUAAUUCGAAGAUUAUUUUGGAAGAUGAAUCAGCAUUAUCUGCUUUUUACAUUGUACAUACUAGAAUGGAAGAUUUAUUAGAGAAAUUAAAAUUAUUAAAUUAUGAUAUUGAAUUUGUACAAGAAUUAAAAAUGAAACCGAUAACUAGGCAUUAUUUUGCAGUAUCAACAAAUCCAGGAGAACAAUUCUAUAUGUUUACUUCAUUAGCUGCGUGGUUAAUUAGGAAAGUUGGUAAAGAUUUUGAACAGCCACAAGAAUCCGAUGACCCUAACUCUACAAUAUCGUUGAUAUUGGAUUACCUCAGAGAAAUUGAUAUUCCUGUGGAAUUUCCACCUAACAAAUUAAAACAAGGAGCUGGAGAACAUGCUAUUUAUGUGUUAGAUAAUUUAGCAGAUAAUGCUUUAAAAGUACAAAAGUUCAAGUGGAAAAAAGCAGAAAUUAUACCUGACGAUGAGACACUUGAUGAACCAGAAAUAGAGGAAGACGAUGCAGAAUUAAUUUUAGAGAAAGUAGAAGAAGAGAUGAUGGCUGAGUAUAACGAUGAGGAUGAUGAGAUUUUACACGUUGACGACAUAACUAAACUUUAUAAUCAAAAUAUGAACAAAACAUACAAGCCUGACCAUAUUUUAGAAUCAAAUACAAAUAGAGAAGAGUGGCAAUUGGAGCUAGAAAGAGUUCUACCUCAAUUAAAAGUAACUAUAAAAACAGAUUCGAGAGAUUGGCGUUUACAUUUAAACCAAAUGAAGCAACUGCGUGCAGACAUUACAACUAAUUUAUCUGGUACCAAAGGACAGUUAGAUAAAUUACAUCUUGAAAUAACUAAUGUAUUAGAUAAAAUUAAAACUAGAGAGGCUUAUCUAAACAGACAAUUGGAGCCUAUUUUAAAUGAAUAUAGGAUACUUCAAGACGAUUUAUCUAAAAUUAAAGAACAAUAUAGAGAUGUUAGUGGUGGUGUAACGGAAAGAACAAGAGUUUUUAAUAAAUUAACAGAGGAAUUAGAACAUAUGAAAAAGGAAAUGGAUGAGAGAGGAUCCAGUAUGACUGAUGGAACGCCAUUGAUAAAUAUCAAGAAGAUUAUCACAAAAAUGAAAAAUGAAAUUUCGGAGAUGAACAUUCGCAUAGGAUUAUUAGAAUAUAGUCUAAUGUGUGCAAGAGUUAGAGAUCGCACCCAACUUCAAGAAGACAUGAAUAGUACUAGCAGCACUAUAAUAAAAGUAUUAUUAUAAUAAUGUGGUUACGGAUUAAUAAGAAGAUAAUUCAACGAAGUAACAAUUCAGUUAAUUAUUAAAUCAUAAAAAUAGAUUAUGAUUAAAAAU